CUAGCCGCAAGUAUUACAGCGUUCUUGUCGCUGACUAUUCAUGUUGUAGAGUCCGUAGACAAAAUAAGGACGUUCGUCGAAAAUGUCAAGGACGCCCCGACCGAGUUGCGAAGGAUUAUGGAGACCUUGGGAAGGCUCGGGUUGUUGUUGCAAAAAGUCCGGAAAACGCUAGAACGGCAAUGCGAGCAGAAGGCGCCUCUGUUCCUUCGACCAUCUUCCUUACUGGGGGCCGUUCUGAAGGAUAUUGACCGUCAUCUUCAACCACUUCGAGCAGUGCUAGAGAAACAUAAAGCGUUGUUUCAAGAUCCAGGCAGACGUACCAUAACUUGGAGCAAGACCAGCCUUGCGUUCAGCUCCAAGGCCAUUGCUGGAAUUGAGGAGCGAAUGCAUCAAGAUGUUACACUUUUGGGAACAGCCUUAAUGGCCAACAGUACGAGUAUUCAAUACGUGCACCCAGUCCGGUUGAUACCUGAUCCCGCAUUCCCAAGGCAUAGACUUCCUGUCAAUGACGCCGUUUACUGAAUUUUCAAUCAUAUCAAGAGAUCGUCGGGAGCCCUUUGUCGCUGAGGUCGGUGUUUGCGCUCAACUUUGAACGUCACUACAGCUUCGACAUAGGAAGACAAUGGCUAGGCAUCCUGUCCAACUUGGAAGUGGACCUGGACGACUACUUCGCCCGAUUUGACGACUUCGACGGCUUUAUCGACUGCCCGUA